CUUAACUGUUCACAAGGUCUGGGAAGGAGCUGUGUUAGCAAGUGGGAGGCAAACUCUGAGAGAAAAUGUGCUGUUAUGUUUGUUCAUUUGAUCAGGAUCAGCCAUAGAUGUUGUCGGGGUUCCUCUGAGGUUUCUUUUGGUGGAGCCAGCCCCUGUGGGGGUGUCGUGAGGGCACCAUGGGGUCAGGAGGACAGGUCAGGCUCCUGUUGUGGAAGAACUGGACCAUCCGUAGGAGACAAAGGAUGCGUUUCUUUGUGGAGAUCAUGUGGCCUGUUAUGCUCUUCAUUGGACUGGUGUGGCUCAGAAGAGUGAAUCCACUCUACCGCCAACAUGAAUGCCACUUUCCAAACAAAGCCAUGCCUUCAGCUGGUGUCCUGCCAUGGAUCCAGGGGAUCUUCUGCAAUGCCAACAACCCGUGUUUUCAGCACCCCACCCGUGGUGAAUCCCCUGGCUUGGUGUCCAACUAUAACAACUCUAUACUGGCACGGUUGUACUCGGAUGCUGAAGCGCUUCUCUUCAGUGAUCCUGAUUUCCUGGAAGUGGGACGCCUCUGGAGGGAACUCAAUGCCAUGAGUAACUUUAUGGACACCUUGCGCUCUCGUCCUGAGGAGGUCUCAGGUCGAGGAGUGAUGGUGGAGACUAUCCUGAAGGAUGACGAAACUCUGACGGCAUUCCUUUUAAGAGACGUUCCUCUGACUGAGUCUGUGGUGUAUCAUCUUGUUCAUGCCCAAAUCAGGCCUGAACAGUUUGCCUUUGGGGUCCCUGACUUACAUUUAAAGGACAUCGCCUGCAGCCUGAACCUGCUGGAGCGAUUCCUGAUAUUUCCCAGCCGCAGAGGCCUCCAUGCCGUUCGGAAUGCCAUGUGCAUCCUGACUCCACAGCGCCUGCAGAUCAUCGAGGACAAAUUCUACGCCAAUGUCGACUUCUUUAAACUCUUCCGCCUGCUUCCUCGAGUUCUGGAUAACUACUCGGAUGGAAUCAACAUUAACUUCUGGGUCCGGAUUGUGUCGUCUGUCUCAGAGACACUGAGAAAGCUGUUCUACAGGAGUAGCUCCCAGGAGUUCAUCCACGUCGUGACCCCUUUCUUCCAGAAAAAUCUGUCCUUUAGGGAUGUAAUGGCUGCUGCCUCCAGCCUCGUAUGUGGUUACACCGAGGGGGCUUUCUCCAGAGUCACCUCCUUCAAUUGGUAUGAGGACAAUAACUACAAAGCUUUCUUGGGCAUCGGCAGGAGCCGAGCGAAGGAUGACUACACGUACGACAACAGCACCACUCCUUUCUGCAAUGACUUAAUGAGAGAACUGGAGUCAAACCCAGCCACCAGGGUGAUGUGGAACUCUGUGAAGCCGAUGCUGAUGGGGCGCAUCCUCUACGCUCCAGACUCACCAGCCGUCAGGCGGGUCAUAAAAAAUGCAAACACCACGUUUGAGGAGCUGGAGAGACUGAGGACGAUGGGGAAAGCCUGGGAGGAGGUGGCUCCUCAGAUCUGGGCUUUUUUCCAAGAUGGAAUCCAAGUCGAAAUGAUCCGGGACAUCAUUCGUAAUCCAUCUGUCAUGGAUUUCAUUGACAAAAGUCUGGAGGAUGCACCAUUUUCCUCCAAACACAUCCUCAACUUCCUGCGCAACGAACCACUGGAGGAUCGUCCGUACGACGUGCCUAAUUUUGACUGGCGGGACGUCUUUAAGAUGAUUGACAGGGUCAUUCGGAUGCUCAACCAAUAUGGGGAUUGUGUUGUCCUUGACAAAUUCGUGGCCCUGCCUGAUGAAGAUGCCGUCACGUAUCGGGCUUUGAACCUGCUGGAGGAUGGCAAAUUCUGGGCAGGUCUCAUCUUUGUGAACAUGCACCCCUGGACCACCAGCGUCCCGCCUCACAUUAAGUUCAAGAUCCGGAUGGAUAUUGAUAUUGUGGAGCGUACCAAUAAAGUCAAAGACAGGUAUUGGGACCCAGGUCCCAGAGCUGAUCCCAUGGAGGACCUCCGUUAUGUCUGGGGGGGCUUUGCAUAUUUUCAAGACAUCAUAGAGCAUGGGAUAAUCAGGACUCAUACAGGAAAGGAGUGGCCUCUUGGGGUUUACCUACAGCAGAUGCCGUACCCUUGCUAUGUGGAUGAUCUCUUCACGCUGACACUAAAUCGAUGUUUCCCCGUCUUCAUGGUUCUGGCUUGGGUCUACUCUGUGUCCAUGGUAGUGAAGAGUAUCGUCCUGGAGAAGGAGCUCCGCUUGAAGGAGACACUGAAGACCAUGGGGGUCACCAAUGGUGUCAUUUGGUCCACGUGGUUCAUUGACAGCUUUAUCAUGAUGGGGACCAGCACUGCUCUUCUGACAGCCAUCAUUAUGGGAGGGAGAGUUUUGAACUACAGCAACCCCUUUAUUCUUUUCCUCUUCCUGCUCACCUUCACCACUGCAACCAUCAUGCAGUGCUUCCUGCUGAGUGUCUUCUUCAAUCAGGCCAAACUUGCAGCUGCCUGUUGCGGCAUCAUUUACUUCACACUUUACCUCCCGCAUGUCUUCUGCAUCGCAUGGCAAGAUCGGAUCACCAAAGACAUGAAGAUCCUGCUGAGUCUGCUGUCACAGGUAGCAUUUGGCUUUGGCACAGAAUAUUUGUCCCGCUAUGAGGAGCAAGGGAUGGGUUUGCAGUGGGAUAACAUCCAGACAAGUCCUCUGGAGGGAGACGAAUUCUCCUUCCUCACCUCCAUCUGUAUGAUGGUUCUGGACACGGUUCUGUACUCCGUGCUGGCCUGGUACCUGGAUAACGUUUUCCCUGGACAGUAUGGAAUUGGCCGCCCCUUUUACUUUCCUUUGCUACCCUGCUACUGGCUCAACAGUGUGGCUCCAGUUACAGACAACGUCAAAAUAAAUAGAAAAAGCUUUGAUAACCUUGUGGUCAAGGAGCAAGGAAAGCUGCCAAUGAGAGGAGAGAAGGAAAACGGCGAUCAAGCCAAGUCUAAGGAAGAUGUUCCCUCAUGUGAACACCAGCAUCAACGCGAGGAGAACCAAGAGAAAGAGGCAGAUCAGUCGUUCUUUGAAGCAGAGCCAGAUAAUCUGGUGAAGGGAGUUUGCAUCGAGAACCUGGUCAAAGUGUUCAGCAGCUGCGUGCGGCCAGCCAUCGAUGGCCUUACCAUCAGCUUCUACGAGGGCCACAUUACUUCUCUUUUGGGCCACAAUGGAGCUGGAAAGACCACCACCAUGUCAAUCUUGACGGGCUUGUUCCCUCCCACAUGUGGGACAGCCACCAUUUAUGGCAAAGACAUCCGCACAGACAUGGACAGCAUUCGUCUGUCUCUGGGAAUGUGCCCUCAACAUAACAUCCUCUUUCAGCACAUGACGGUGGCGGAGCAUAUCCUCUUCUUUUCAUUGCUGAAAGGCUGUCCAAUAGCAGAGGCUGAGGAGGAGGUGGAAAACAUGCUUCAGGAUUUGGGUCUUCCUCACAAACGAGACGAAUUGAUCCAGAAUCUGUCAGGGGGGAUGCAGAGGAAGUUGUCAGUUGCGCUGGCCUUUGUGGGUGGGGCCAAGGUGGUGGUCCUGGAUGAGCCCACAUCUGGGGUGGAUCCGUACUCCAGACGCUCCAUUUGGGACCUGCUGCUCAAAUAUCGCACAGGCCGUACGGUGAUCAUGUCCACCCACCACAUGGAUGAGGCCGACCUUCUCAGUGACCGGGUGGCCAUCCUCUCUCAGGGUCGCCUCUACUGCUGCGGAUCCCCCAUCUUCCUCAAGAACUGUUUUGGCGCAGGCUUCUACCUCACUCUUGUGCGUCGGAUGAAAAACGAUCCGCCAAAGCCCAGCUGUGAUUGCACACAGGAUUGUUCCUGCAAAUGUUCAAAGUGUUCCAAGUUUAAAGCCAACCAUGAAGAGACCAAAACCUCUGACAGACAGAUGGACGGUAACAUUGAAAGCAUCAUGGCCUUAGUUCAUCACCAUGUACCGCAGGCUCGACUCAUAGAGACCAUAGGUCAAGAGCUAACGUUUCUGCUCCCGAACCAAAACUUCCAGCCCAGAGCGUACGCCAGCCUCUUCCGGGAGCUGGAGGAGACGCUGGUGGACAUCGGUCUCAGUAGCUUUGGUGUGUCAGACACAUCUCUGGAGGAGAUCUUUCUAAAGGUCACUGCAGAUGGAACCAACAGGAAGUGCAUUCCAGAUAAAAUAUCAUUGCGACAGAUGUCUCAAGCUAGUGUGUGUGGAUUCAACAGAGUGGCUGUUGAUGUGGAAGGACAAAAAGAGUCCAAUGGCCAGGACCCAAGCCAGAUCAAGGAGGGCAGUGCAGGCCGGGGGUCAUACCGGGUCAGAGGCGUCUGCCUGACCGUCAAGCAGUUCUUAGCUCUGCUCAUCAAGAGACUGCACCAUGCCACUCGCUCCUACAAAGACUUCGUAGCACAGAUUGUGCUUCCUGCCAGCUUUGUGUUCUUCUCACUGAUGUUUAAUCUGAUUGUGCCACCAUUUGGAGAAUACCCAAGUCUGACGCUUAGUCCGUGGAUGUAUGGGCGCCAGUACACCUUUUUCAGCAAUGAGCGCCCCACGGAUGCCGCGAUGAGAUACUUUGGCAAUGUGCUGCUGGAUAAGCCAGGCUUUGGGACUCGCUGCAUGGUGGAUGAACCGUUGGAAGAUUUCCCAUGCAACAACAUCACAACAGAAUGGGAGAUGCCAUUGGUUAACCCUGCCCUUAUAGAAAUGCUGGAGAGCCCGCGCUGGGAUUCCCUCAGACCUUCUCCAGAAUGUCAGUGCAGCACAGCCAAGAAACUCACCAUGCUCCCUGUGUGUCCAGAAGGAGCUGGAGGCCUCCCUCCUCCUCAGAGGAUCCAGUCAACAGGCGACGUUCUGAUGGACCUAACUGGUAGAAACAUCUCUGACUACCUGGUUAAGACUUACCCUAAACUUAUCAGAACCAGCCUGAAAAGCAAAUAUUGGGUGAAUGAACAAAGGUAUGGUGGCAUAUCAGUGGGAGGACAGCUUCCUGUUUUAUCUCUUCAACCUAAUGCAAUCCAGGAUUUGGCAUCUCAGCUCGGGCAACUUCUCAAUGUGACAGGAGGCAAAUACUCCAAACAAACUCUCAGAGACAUAGGAACAUUCCUCAGGUAUCUGGAGACUCCAAACAAUGUCAAGGUGUGGUACAACAACAAGGGCUGGCACGCCAUGGUGUCUUUCAUGAAUGUCGCCAAUAACGCCAUCCUUCGCGCACACCUGCCCGAAAGAGCCAACCUGGAUGAAUUUGGAAUCACCGUCAUCAACCAUCCUCUGAACCUCACCAAAGAGCAGCUGUCUGAGAUCACUGUACUGAGCACGUCCGUGGACGCAGUGGUGGCCAUGUGUGUCAUUUUCGCCAUGUCCUUCGUCCCAGCCAGCUUUGUCCUUUAUCUCAUCCAAGAGCGGGUCACUCAAGCCAAACACCUGCAGUUUGUCAGUGGCGUCAGUCCACUGGUGUACUGGAUGGCCAACUUUCUGUGGGACAUGGUGAACUACUCCAUCAGUGCAGCAAUGGUGGUGCAAAUAUUCCUCUUUUUUGACAAGAAGUGUUACACAUCUGCAACCAACGUGCAAGCACUGAUCGCUUUGCUCAUGCUUUACGGCUGGUCUGUGACACCCAUGAUGUACCCCAUGUCCUACGUGUUCAGUGUCCCGAGCACAGCCUACGUCUCUCUGUCAUGCAUCAACCUCUUCAUUGGCAUCAACAGCAGUGCCAUCACCUUCAUCCUGGACCUUUUUGAGAACACCUCUGCUUUAUAUGGAUUCAACCAGCUCCUUAAGACAGCACUUCUUAUCUUUCCUCAUUAUUGCCUGGGGCGAGGGCUUAUAGACAUGGCCAUGAACCAGGCUGUGACUGAUGUCUACGCUCGCUUUGGUGAGGACUAUAGUCCUGAUCCCUUUAGCUGGGUCUUCAUCGGAAGGAACUUGUUUUGCAUGGCUGCCGAGGGAUUUGUGUAUUUCAUCAUUAACAUUCUCAUCCAGUACCGCUUCUUCAUGGAUCACUGGAUUCCAGAUGGCCCAAAGCCCCACAUUUUGGAGGAAGACGUGGAUGUUGCUGAGGAGAGAAAGCGGAUCCAGCAGAGCGGAAACACAAAUGACAUUUUACGCAUAAAAGACCUGUCCAAGACGUACACAGGAACAAUCAUUCCUGCAGUGGACCGCAUCUGUGUUGGAGUGUUACCUGGAGAAUGUUUUGGUCUGGUGGGGGUGAACGGAGCAGGGAAGACCACAACAUUUAAGAUGCUAACAGGUGACAUUGACGUGACUUCAGGAGAUGCUUCAGUGGCUGGUCACAGCAUUUUGACCAACAUCCUGGAUGUCCAUCAGAACAUGGGUUACUGCCCGCAGUUUGAUGCCAUAGAUGAGCUGCUAACAGGCAGAGAACAUUUGCAUCUUUAUGCCCGGCUCCGUGGAGUUCCAGAGUCCCAGAUCAGCAGGGUUGCAGACUGGGCCAUCCAGAAGCUUGGUCUCUCAGAGUAUGCCAGCAGAACUGCAGGAACUUACAGUGGAGGCAACAGAAGAAAACUUUCAACCGCUAUCGCCAUGAUAGGUUGUCCUGCUCUGGUCCUGCUGGAUGAACCUACCACAGGAAUGGACCCUCUCUCCAGACGCUUUCUCUGGAACUCCAUCAUGAGCGUUAUCCAGGACGGACGAGCUGUGGUGCUCACCUCACACAGUAUGGAAGAGUGUGAGGCUUUAUGCACCCGCUUAGCCAUCAUGGUCAAUGGUUCCUUCAAGUGUCUGGGAACGAUUCAACACCUCAAAUACAAAUAUGGCGACGGUUACAUUGUGACCAUGAAGAUCAGGACAGCAAACCCUGGCUGCAACCCAGACUUGAGUCGCGCUGAAGCUUUUAUGGAGAGCACCUUCCCUGGUUGUAUCCAAACAGAAAAACACUACAACACUUUGCAGUACAAGAUCUCCUCCUCCUCUCUGGCCAGAAUCUUUCAAAUGGUCCUCGUCAACAAGGACAAACUCAACAUAGAGGACUACUCUGUGUCACAGACCACGCUCGACCAGGUGUUUGUGAAUUUUGCCAAGCAGCAGUCAAGAGAGGAUGACGCAAUUGUGUUGCAUCCAAAAGCAGCAGGAGUGCAACGUUACAUUGAAACCAUACCAAUCAAAUCCUCCAGGAAGUGAAGACGCCUCAGUCACCUCAAUAAAACAAGAGCUGGUUUUUACUUUUGCACUUUAAAGAACUGCUUACAUAAAAACAGAACCUAAAAGAUUCAAAUGUAUGAUAAGAUCCAUUAGCUCGUGGUGAUAAAAUACAAAUGUUAUAAUGUUAGCCACGUUAGAGUUUUGAGAACAAUGAUUUAAAAUGCUAGAGACGCUACUCUAGCCUGUUGCCAUUGUCCAAGAUUCCUAAAGAACAACGCCAUAUUGGAUAGGGCAGUAAACACAGGAGAUUUGAAUAAUUUUGGUCAGAUUUUUAUAAGAAAAAAAACUCAUGACAAAAAUAAGACCCAGGCCGUGGUAUUCAUGUUUUUGUAGACUGCUUGCGCCCGUUGUGUAUGGACCGGUCCAGCGGAGCGGACUGAGAACAGUGCAACUUGUCGAGAGUUGUGCCUGUCCGGGGGGCCCCGCAGACAGGAAUGAGGUCGCAGUGGGGGCACCCCUGGUGCGGUGAGGUCCGCCCAGUGUUCGCUGUAAAGCACACGCCCGCCGCAGCUUGUCGAGCCGAAGCCAGUCGCGACACAUCGCUGCAGGGGAUAUACACCCCCUGGUCUUUGCUUGCCUCUACCGAUGGAAUCCUGGUUUGUUCUUUUUCCUCCGCUUCAUAGUAUGCUUCAAUUCAAUGGGUUGUCCUCCAAAAAACAAAAACAAAAGUUGGUCCUGUCAGAAGACAUAGUACAUAGUACAAAGUCUACAGCUACCAUUGACUUUGAAAGGCCUACAAGAUCAGCCUAAACGUUCACUACUCUGAGAAUAAAGUCACUCAGAUCUUUCUCAAACGUUUUCUAUAAGUUCUCCUUUAUUAGCUUACAGUAAUACCUGUGAAAAGUCACAUCCUUGUUUGUCCAGCUAUGUUUGUGCAAUUGUAGCACACUGGUGAGCCAGCACCUGGACCUAUCCACAUCCAACUUUGCGUCUGCAGCAAGCCAGCGUAGUGACUCUAACCUAUAUAACUCAUUGAUUAAGAAUAUCUAAACCUCCCGUGCUUGUUUGCAACACGUAAAAAACAGAAUACCGCUAAAACAAAUGCUACUAUGUCUACGCUAACUCCCAACCGGUAAAAACAACAGACUGAUACUACUACUAGUACGGUGACUGGAAUGUCAUUGUGCGUGUAACACGUCAUAAUGACAAUAAAGUCUAGUCUAUCCAAUUCUAUUUCUACACUAGAACCCAACAUUGCUAUUAACACGUAAGGUACACCUUCUGACACUGCUACAUGUUAGCCCUGUUAGUGUAUUUACAAAAACCCAACCUUGUUUGCAACACUCAAAAAGAAAACAGACUGACAUUUAAACAGCGCCUCAAAAUCGCUUUAAACACGACCAGAAUUAAUCAAUAAAAAAGGUACUCACUGUCGUUCUUAAAAUGAAAUGAGGUUUUUCAGUGCGCCUUAUAGUGCGUUAAAUCCAGAAAAUAUACUGUAUGCAUUUGACCUUCUGAUCAUGCAACUGCAAGAGAGUUCACUUGAAUUGCUUUAUUGAACUGUUUUCAGCACAUGAGGUUAGUGAGCUUUAAAGUUAGGAAGUGCCUGCUGCAUGCUCCAUGUUCUGCUCACCUUGUAGGCCUUGCAAAUAAAACUAUAGAAUGACUUUCAUUCAAACAAAAAAAAAGAAAGGUUUUUCAUCAAGUUUGGAGAAAGCAAAGGUCUUCUGUCUUAUUGCUUCCAAUGCCAUGCAAGUUUGUCUUUAGUUGCCUUUUGGUCAAGUCAAAAAGCAGCCAAGGAGCCAUAGUUUUAGCACUUUAUUUAUUACGCAGUUUGCACCAGCAAGUUUUUUUAGUGCAAUACACCUGACAGUUACAGAAUCUUGUUGCAGCUGUUAACAUUGAUACUGUGUGAUGUUUUUGUUUCUAUGUCUUCAAUUUUGUCCAAUCUUUGCACUUUGGUGACUUUUCUGCAUUCCACCUGCACCUGGUGUCAGAAGUGGAAGAUUACAAUGAAAAAAAUGUUUCUAAGAGAAGUCAAAUUUCCAAUAAAGUAACAUUUUCCAUUAA